AUGGGUCUGAUACAAAAUUUUUACCGUAUUUUGAAAUUGUUAAAAGAAGCAAAUGAUCCAAAUAAUCCAUUAGAAGUUAAAUGUUUAUGUAAAGACUGGGCGCAAACUUAUCUUAAGUUAUUCGGUAAAGAUCAACAAGAUGAAAAUGAAUCUUAUGAAGAAUGUAAACAUGUACUGUGUGCGCUCUGUUUUAGUAGCACAGUAUGUGCAUUGUCUCGCCUGUCAUAUUCCAGAAUUCCAUCGGCAUAUGGAGAUCUUAAAAAAUUUAGCCUUCAAGGUGUGGAGAAGAUAAACGAUAUGGUCACAAUUGAUUUUUUUCAUUCAACGAAUAGACAAGGAAUAUUUUUAUGA